GACGAUCUAUCGGCCCAAGAACAGGUGGGUUUCCUGUGAUUCGCCUUUAGUUUCUAUAUUUUUUGUUGAUUUUUGAACUUCUUGGACUAUUUCUUGAUUGGUUUCCGAGAAAAUUAACAGAGAAUUCUUAUGUUGUCCAAUUUCCGUUGUUGCAUUCUCUCCUAGAGGGCUCUUUUAUUGGAAUCGAUUUUUCUCUCUUUACGUAUAUGACUUCGACAACAUCUGAGCUUCUCUUUUCUUCUCCGGUGCCAAAGACGAUGAGCACCAUCAUCAAGGUCGAUGGUGAAGAACUGGCCGACCUUCUUCAUGAUCUAUCGGCCCAAGAACAGACAAUGAGUACCGUCGUCAAGAUUGAUGAUCAAGAAUCAACCGACCUUCUUGACGAUCUAUCGGCCCAAGAACAGACAACGAGUACCAUCGUCAAGAUCGAUGGUCAACAACCAACCGACCUUCUUGACGAUCUAUUGGGCCAAGAGCAGAUUGCAGUGGAGCUUCCUCAAGUGAAGUGUGGGGAUGGUCAUCAUGGGGUUUGUGCCAUUUGUUUGUCUAAGAUAAUUCUUCAAGAAACUGCCCUUGUAAAAGGUUGCGAGCAUGCCUACUGUGUGAUGUGCAUACUUCGGUGGGCCACAUAUAAAAAUGAACCAACAUGCCCUCAGUGCAAACAUCCAUUUGAGUUCCUCCACAUUCAUCGGUCGCUUGAUGGAAGUAUGCAUGAUUUUUUGUUUGAGGAGAGUGUUUGCCUCCUCCUUAGAGCCUCGUGGUUAAAGCCUUUAGUUGUGGAGGACCAGGGGGAGGUGGAUGAUGAGGUGGAGGACUUGUAUCUCUAUGAGGAUGAUGGGGAAGGUUUAGAUGAUGUUUACUUGGCCAGUUCAUCAAGUUUCCGCAUAGGUAACCGGAGAUGGGGUGAUAAUGGAUAUGUUAGGGCAGGGCGGCAACAAGCAAGGCCAGUUUCUCAUCCAAAUGUCCAGGGGUCUGGUGCUGGUCCAUCACGUGAACCUAAGAAGAAAGAGAUUGCAAAAGAUACCGUUGGACGAAGGGCAAAAAGGGCACUAAAGCGUGAAGCUGCCGAUAAGACAAUAAGUACCGUCGUCAAGAUUGAUGAUCAAGAAUCAACCGACCUUCUUGACGAUCUAUCGGCCCAAGAACAGACAACGAGUACCAUCGUCAAGAUCGAUAGUCAACAACCAACCGACCUUCUUGACGAUCUAUUGGGCCAAGAGCAGAUUGCAGUGGAGCUUCCUCAAGUGAAGUGUGGGGAUGGUCAUCAUGGGGUUUGUGCCAUUUGUUUGUCUAAGAUAAUUCUUCAAGAAACUGCCCUUGUAAAAGGUUGCGAGCAUGCCUACUGUGUGAUGUGCAUACUUCGGUGGGCCACAUAUAAAAAUGAACCAACAUGCCCUCAGUGCAAACAUCCAUUUGAGUUCCUCCACAUUCAUCGAUCGCUUGAUGGAAGUAUGCAUGAUUUUUUGUUUGAGGAGAGUGUUUGCCUCCUCCUUAGAGCCUCGUGGUUCAAGCCUUUAGUUGUGGAGGACCAGGGGGAGGUGGAUGAUGAGGUGGAGGACUUGUAUCUCUAUGAGGAUGAUGGGGAAGGUUUAGAUGAUGUUUACUUGGCCAGUUCAUCAAGUUUCCGCAUAGGUAACCGGAGAUGGGGUGAUAAUGGAUAUGUUAGGGCAGGGCGGCAACAAGCAAGGCCAGUUUCUCAUCCAAAUGUCCAGGGGUCUGGUGCUGGUCCAUCACGUGAACCUAAGAAGAAAGAGAUUGCAAAAGAUACCGUUGGACGAAGGGCAAAAAGGGCACUAAAGCGUGAAGCUGCCGAUAAGGCAGCUGCUGCCAAACAUCAGCAGCAUUUGUUGAGGUUGGGCCGGAUGUGA